UCUUUUUUUUUUGCUCAUUGUUUUGAUCUGUGUGUGUGUGUUUGUGUUUACCUUUUUGAAAAUUAAAAACUUGAAAAAAAAUUUUUGACUUUGUGUCGAUUUUUUUUGGAAGUCACGAUGAUUAUGGAAACAUCACAAGCGACAAUGACCCAAACAUCGGUCAAUCAAACAAACGAAAUAUCUCGUAUGUUAAAUAAACUGCGGACAUUGAUUCCGGGAAUUCCACCCGAACAAAAAAUGUCAAAAUUGGAAAUAAUGCAGCACGUUAUUGAUUAUAUUAACGAUCUCGAAAAUGUUCUCGAUCAACAAGGUCAAUCGAAUGGACCGGAUGGUCAAGAAGAAACGAAUAAAUCUAAAGAAGCAUUACGUCAAUUAAGGCAAUUGGUCAAUUGAAUAAUGGCUACCGAAUAUAUUUAUUCUGUCAUCAUUAUUAUCAUCAUCAU